AUUGCUGCAGGUUCAUUUCACUGAUAGUUCUUCAGCUCGGCAGCUGGUUUCACGCCAAGGAGCUGGGAAGGUGCGCCACUUAGCUGGAAAGAUCUUGUGGGUUCAAUCGAAGGUGAGAGAAGGAGAUGUGUUACUUUCACAGAUCUCUACAAGUUUUAACAUCAGUGAUGUGGGCACCAAUCCUUUGUCGAAGAAGAGACUGGUGGCGAUGAUGGGUGAAAUCGGCAUGAUGCAUGUGGAGUCUGGAGAAACCGUGGGGGAAAUGGAGCGCGAUGAGUUGCGCACUUAUGGCUCAAACAGCAAAAGCCUAUCCAAGAUCGCAAAGACCGUUCUGAAACUCACUGCCAUGAUGGGCCUUGAGCCUAUGCAAGUUGCGGCCCAGGAGGAGACUUGCAAUGAGACCAACCAAAAGGACAGCAGCUUUUGGAUCUGGACCAGCCUCAUGGUGUUAGCAUGUGCAUGGAUGGCAGUGUGCUUCAUAGCGUUUUGGUUUUGGAAGAAGUUGGACAAGCGUUUGUACUGGAACGAGGUGCAGCUGGCUGAGGACGACAGCAUGCUGGGAAGGCACAGAGACCAGCUCAGUACGCUACAGGAUCAGCUCACAAACCUACGUGGGAAGUUCGAGAGGCAUGUGGAGAGAUAUGAUGGAGAAUUUGAAGUUUUGGAGGACUACGGAGACUCCAUUCGGUUUGGACUGGUCGAGAUUGGUGGGUUCGUCAGGCACCAGAAGCUCACAACGCAGCAGCGAGAAUCUUUGCAGGUGCUUGAAAAGGCCAACAUGGCCAUCUUUGAUCAAAACAAGAAGACUCCAGAGAAUACGGACCCUCCGAGGAAAAGCACAGUGGAUGGAGAGGAAGCCAUGAGUCAGUUGGAAAACCUCUUGAACAACCUCAGAGCACAGCAGAAUGAAAGCCUUGCAAACGAAUUGUAUGAAGAUGCCCGAGAACUUCAAAGGGCAAUCGACAGCGUACUGGAGGCAAAAGAAACUGGAGCAGGACUCACAGCAGACCUACUGUUCCAGGUUCGAAAUUGCUUUCAGAGAGUGUUCCGGAAAGCACGAAACAGAGGAGAAGAAUGGCUGUCUCAGGUCUACAAGUUUUACGUGGACGACAUGCAGCAGCUAUUGAAAUGA